CUGUUGAUUGGCCCUUCAAUGACGAUUUCCUUUUGGAUAACUGGAGGAGAGGCGCGGCAGGGCAGUUGCAGGGCUCCUUGAUCCGCACGUGGAAUGCGGCGCGCAUCCAAAAAGCAGAAAUAUGAAGCACCCAAACAGUGCCGACAGUUCAUUGAAUGACGAAGACAUUGAGGGUGUCAACGGCUUAAAACGAAUGAGGUUGGGAGAGAUGGAUCAGCCUUACAGUGCAAAGGCUCUGCUUCAGUCCUUUAAGGAAAGCAUAUUUGCGAAACUUGAAAUACUCGAAGUGCGCGUGGAUGCUCUAAGAGACCAGUGCCAAACAUUGGAAGACAAACUUGAAGUGCUAUCAACAGCUGUGAAAGAGCAUGUAUCGACAGCUUCCUCAGGUGUUGGCAGGUACGUCCGUUUAUCCAGCUCUGGAGGCUCUUCUGCUAUUGUCUCCUUGGACGAAGAACCAGUAGCAGCUUUCGCUGCAGGUUCAAGUGUGACCCUUAUAACUCUCAAUACUGAAGCGGAUUACCCGCAAGGUUCUUGGCUUGGGGAUGAGAAGAAUCCGGAGAUGAGAGUGCGAUGCCCCAUCAAUCCAACCACAUUGUUCCACAUCAACAAUACCUGCACUACACCGGAGAAAAUGGCUCUGACCUUGCUUGACCACAUCUUCGACAGAGAGACACAGGCUCGCUCCAAUAUUUCAGGCUCGGGCAAACACAAAAAGCAGCAGUUGGACCCAUUGAUGAUAUAUGGAAUUCGAUGCCAUCUAACACACUUGUUUGAUGUCACCAAUGCUGACUGGGACAGAAUCAAACUGAAUAUUGACUCGAAAUGCCGUACUGCAUUUCGGCGUAAAAAAAAAGGCCUUCCUUUGAAUCCAAAGAUACUUGGAUCAACGGCAGCAGACUCAUCUAGUGCCCAGAAAUUCGGAGUGCCCCAAAAUGAGCCAGAUGUGUCAGAAGAUAGCAUGAACAGCAUUGAGCUGGUUCCUCAAACCUCAGAGUUUUGCACUUUCUCUCUGCAAACAAUUGAAGAUGGAAACGAGGAGGAAGCUGAGCUAGCAGCUGCUGCUGCUGUGUCUGAAGGGCAGGUAUUCUGCACACAGCAUGGUGGCUUUCAAGUUGUUCAUGCCACUGCCGAGCAACUUGCCCAGAUUCAACAAACCCACCAGAUUCAGAUUUUGAAUGGAAACCACAUUCUGGCGACAGCUGUAGAUGGUUCAUCUGACGAUAAUCCAACAGUGACCUUAAUCUCCUAAAGCAGCUCUAAACAUAGCAUGCGAAGCUAAUAAGCAUGUUAUCUUUCAGUGCUUUGGUCAGUUGUACUGGCAAUGAGUGUAAAGAACAUUUUGUUUUUGUGAUAGCUGUUCCAUAAAUAAUUAUCCGGUCCUUUCGAUGUGCCUUCUUUUAGUUAAUUGGCCUGUAAUCUCAAAAUGCCAUUAAUCUAAAAGGAAAAUUCAGUGUGAACAAGGUUUGUACUGAAUUAUAUGAUGAAUCUUGGAGCCACUUUACUGCAACAGUUCCCAUUGCAAUAGUGUGAGCAUGCCAUGGAACUCAUCAUGUGUGGUGAGGCAGAGGUACGAUUUGUGUGCUUCUCAAAGCUGGUGUUGUAGGGAUUGGUGUGCUACAUGUGGCAAUGAAAGGAUGAUUUUUCCAGACUUGUGAACAUUGGAGGGCUUUGCAUGACACUGAGAGUACAGAUUUAUCUCUUUGUGCAUAAUUUGUCAAAAACUAGAGUAUGGGCACAUACUGGAACUCUUUGUAACAAUGCAGAUUCUUUGUAUGUGCAGCCAGGUUUCUCAAGUGAUGAGUGUUUAGCCUCAAAGCCUUGUAAGAGGUAAUGCCAGCCCUUGAGAAGUUCUGAAACAUUG